AUGUGGUUUACUGACGAAGGAGUACGUCCACUUCCCGAAAAAGUGAAUAUUGACAUUUAUACUAAGUUAAAACUUUAUGACCAUUCCAGAUUCCCUGUACACAACCCUCCCUCAAUCCAUAAUACUUCUAUUGUUUUUUUUCUUUUCUCUUUCUUUCGAAUAUAUUUUACCCCUCAGUUUGUUCAUAUCUAUCUAUCUAUCUAUCUAUCUAUCUAUCUAUCUAUCUAUCUAUCUCAGUCUGUUCAAUAUCUAUCUAUCUAUCUAUCUAUCUAUCUAUCUAUCUAUCUAUCUAUCUAUCUAUCUCAGUCUGUUCAAUAUCUAUCUAUCUAUCUAUCUAUCUAUCUAUCUAUCUGUACGAUAUAUAACACUAUCUAUCUCUCACAGUCUAUUCCUUAUUUACUUAUCUAUCUAUCUAUCUAUCUAUCUAUCUAUCUAUCUAUCUAUCUAUCUAUUUUUUUAUGUAAUCAGCUUCUUGCUUCAUUUUUUGGUUUGUUUUUCCUUUUUCUUCUGUGUUCAUCAGUUAUUUCUAUAAAGUUGCUUUUAAUUUUGUUUGCUUUAUUGUUUGUUUCUUUUUCUUUUCUCUCAAUUAAUAUUUCUUUCUUUCUUUCUUUCUUUCUUUCUUUCUUUCUUUCUUUCUCUCAAUUAAUAUUUCUUUCUUUCUUUCUUUCUUUCUUUCUUUCUCUCAAUUAA